UAUUGAAGGAUGAAUUACAGAACGCCCUGAGUUUAGCACUCCAAUGCGUGGAUCCUGGGGAGUCUUGCAAAACAGAAGAACUUUUGAAAAGCUUCAAUACCGUGUUGACAAGCGCAGAUGAAGUGCGAAGGAACUAUGUCCGCCGUUUAUGCACGAAGCUUGUAUCCCUGGAGUCAGAGAAGCGAGAGUUGGAAGCUGAAUGUGUAAGGUUAAAGGGUGGAACAUACUUGGAAUGUGAAAAAAUUCCAUUCGACGUAAGUUUCCCAUAUCUUU